AUGGCGUCCAAUCUGUUGAAAAAUAUUGUCAAAUUGGAUACCCGAGUGUCCGUGUCGCAAAACGUUUGCCUACCGAUCAGAUGUCUGUCAACAGCGUCUCCGCGGGUGAAGGACAAGACCGGCAAAAAUAUAGUGUUUGUUGAUGGAGUGCGUACUCCGUUCUUAUUAUCGGGUACCGACUACGCUUCUUUAAUGCCUCAUCAAUUGGCUAAAGAAGCUCUAAUUGGUUUAAUGAGGAAAACAAAUGUACCUCGUGAAGUAGUUGAGUACAUUGUGUACGGUACAGUAAUACAAGAAGUAAAAACUAGCAAUAUUGGACGAGAAGCUGCCCUUGCUGCUGGAUUCCCAAACUCAGUUCCAGCUCACACUGUUACAAUGGCAUGUAUCAGUUCAAAUCAAGGUAUUACAACUGGUAUUGGACUGAUUGCUGCUGGUGCAUACGAUGUAAUUGUAGCUGGUGGUGUUGAAUUCAUGUCUGAUGUUCCAAUUAGGCAUUCUCGUAAAAUGAGAAGUCUGCUUUUGAGGGCAAACAAAGCUAAAACGCCAUUAGACAAAUUGAAACUUCUCUCAACAUUUAGACCAGAUUUUUUACUCCCGGAGUUGCCUGCUGUCGCCGAAUUUAGCUCUGGUGAGACCAUGGGCUUCUCUGCAGAUAGAUUGGCUGCUUCGUUCAAAGUCUCUCGAGAAGAACAAGAUCAAUAUGCUGUCAGAUCACACACUAUGGCUAAAGAAGCUCAAGACAAUGGAUAUUUGACUGAUAUAGUGCCUUUCAGACUACCAAAUUCGUCCAAAGUAAUUGAAAAAGAUAAUGGAAUUAGAGUCUCUCCUAUUGACAAAUUAGCAAAAUUGAAAGCAGCUUUUGUUAAACCACAUGGUACAGUAACUGCUGCAAAUUCAUCAUUUUUGACUGAUGGUGCAUCAGCUUGUCUCAUAAUGACUGAAGAAAAGGCCAAGCAAUUAGGCCUUAAACCUAAGCUUUACUUAAGAGAUUUUACUUAUGUAGCUCAAGAUCCCAUUGAUCAAUUGUUGCUUGGACCAACAUAUGCAACACCCAAAGUAUUAGAGAAAGCAGGUCUGAGUGUCAAUGAUAUUGAUGUGUGGGAAGUACAUGAAGCUUUUGCUGGACAAAUUUUAGCAAAUCUUAAAGCUAUGGACAGUGACUGGUUUGCUCAGAAAUACAUGAAUAGGAAAAGCAAAGUUGGAGUACCAGACUUGUCCAAAUGGAACAAAUGGGGAGGAUCGUUGAGUAUUGGUCAUCCUUUUGCUGCAACUGGAGUACGCUUGACGGUGCACACUGCAAAUAGGUUAGUGAGGGAAGAUGGUCAAUUUGGUUUGAUUGCCGCUUGUGCUGCCGGUGGACAGGGAGUUGGUAUGAUUGUUGAAAGACAUCCAGAUGCCACCGCUUUGUAA